ACAUCAAGAUGAUUCAGUUUUUUAUUUUUGUAAGGAUGUUCAAGUUUUUAUGGAAUUAUGCAACAUAAAUUAACACAAUAGUAUUUUUAUUAAUGGCCUUUUAAAUAAUUAUUUUAUCAAAAAAUGUAUAAAAAUCGAAAAGUAUUAAAAAUGGAAUAGCAUUAUUUGUUACAAAUUACAAGACUAAUCUAAAAACCGAAGAAGACCUCAUUUUGCGAUCUAUAUAAUGACGUGAGAAACUGUGAACAAACAGCUGUAAAAAUGGUGUACAACAUUCCACCUAGUUUUGAUUUCAAUUUUUGGAAUCAAAACAGUGAUUCUGUCGUCGAAGUAACGUGCCUCAUGCCCAAUAGUGUUUCCAUACCUCUUACGGUAUCUAAGAGUACUUCUUUGCACGAGCUGAAAGAGGAACUUUGGGAAGAGGCCGUCAAAUACCCGUUGCACGGUAUGUUGCACGAUUCGAGCAGCUAUAGUAUAAUCUAUGUAAACGCAAUGGCCCAACGUGUAACACUAGUUGAUGAGAACAAGAGACUGUGUGAUGUUCAACCAUUUUUAGCUGUGCUUAGUAUUGUAGAACGUCAAGAAGACAAAGCCGAUAAUGUACUUAAUGCUCAAAUCAGCAAUUUAAUUGGAAAAGGCUUAAUGGAAUUUGACUCUUUGAAAAGUUCCGAAGUAAAUCAGUUUCGUGGAAAAAUGAAAGCACUAGCCGAUCAAAUGCAAGCUGAUCGUCGGAGACAAAGUUGGUUAGAACGACUUCUAUAUCAAUUUGCACCGCGUUUAGCCGCUUCUACGUUAUCGUCAAAUGUCUUACCUGCAACAGUUACUAGAAGACUGAGAGACGAUAACUUUUCAGUUGUUGUGAAAUUUGAUAACACCGAGACGACAUUUACUUUUAAUGUUGGUCUUACUACAACUCCGGAUCAAUUAAUGAUGCAAAUUAUCAAUAAGCGUGCUAUGACGUUAAAAACGAGAAAUGAAAAGUGUUCAGACUUCACAUUAAAAGUGUGUGGGCGAGAGGAAUAUAUUGUCGGACCGCAUCCUUUAAUCGAUUUUGCAUAUGUCCAAGAUAGUCUUUCUCAAGAUCUCAACCCUAUUUUAGUAGCUGCUUCCAAGUAUAAUGUUCCAGUUCCAGAAGAAGUAUGUGUCGACCAGACUGACAUGACAGAGCAAAACAAAACUAGAACUACGUUGACGUUACGCAAAAAAACAAAACACAAACUAUCUUUUGACAUAGAAGAAAAAUUCAAAUUUAAAGUCAACUAUAUAAGCAAAUUAAACUGUGAUGUUACUAGAACCGUAGAAGUAGGAAUUGAAGCAGCAUUAUUUCACGGCGGCAAAGCUCUGUGUGAAUGUGUAAGAACGUCUGAAAAAGUUGUCAACAAUGGCGACUGUACGUGGGAUGAAGAACUAGUGUUUGACAUGACAGUUGCCGACAUACCGCGCAUGGCUCGUUUAUGCCUAGUAGUAUAUGAAGUGUCCAAGACAUCUAAAGGGCUCAGAACGAGGAGAAUAAAAGAAUCAAAACAAGAAAUGUUUGUGACGCCAAUGGACUGGGUCAAUACUACGGUCUACGAUUUUAAAAACCAAUUAAAAAGCGGAUCAAUUACUUUAUACAUGUGGACUUAUGCAGACGACAUGCAAAACGAAGACCUGUUACAUCCACUCGGUACUGUAGUGUCCAAUCCCAAUAUCGAACAAACGACUGCACUUACUAUAACGUUUCAUAGUUACCAACCACCAGACCACAUGGUCGUAUAUCCUGGCCUGGAAAAAUUACAAGAAUAUGCGGAAAAAAAGGGAAAAGACGAUUUCAAUGAUCAGGCGUCUGGAGAUUCUCAAUCAUUGAAAACCUAUUUGGAUCAAAUAAAAACAAUGGCAGAGCGCGGAGAACCUUUGGAUGAGAUGCACGAACAGGACCGUAAAAAACUUUGGCGUCAUAGAUACCAUAUUUUACAAUCUGUGCCCGGACUGUUGGCCAAACUUUUGGAUUGUGUCGAGUGGGGUAUCCGCUGGGAAGUAGCGGAAGCCACCACACUGGUUUCCAAAUGGCCACUGCUCGGUCCACAGCAAGCGUUAGAACUUCUCGACUAUGCGUACGCCGACCAAGUAGUUCGGAGUUUCGCCGUUAAGUGUUUACAAAAAUUGAGUGACGAAGAUCUUUCUUUGUUUCUUUUACAACUCGUCCAAGCUCUGAAACACGAGUCUUAUCUGUGUUGUGAUCUAGUUGAAUUUUUGCUCACACGAGCAUUGCAAAAUCAAAAAAUCGGUCACUAUUUAUUUUGGCACCUCAGGUCGGAAAUGCAAGUGGCGUCCGUGUCUGUACGCUUUGGUCUCAUGUUGGAAGCGUACUGUCGUGGGUCUAUUGAACACAUGAAAACCCUUAUUCGCCAAAUGGAUUUUUUGGAAAAACUGAAAAAGACCACGGAGUUGGUUAGACAGCGACGUGACAAAGAGAAAGCCCGGUCGUUUUUGCAAGAAUACUUUCAAGAAGCCCAUUGCAUAGAGGCCAUGUCGACCGUACACAAUCCUUUGGAUCCUAGCUAUAAGUGUAAAAAAGUCAGAACUGAAAAGUGCCGAGUGAUGGACAGUAAAAUGAAACCGUUAUGGAUUGUGUUUGAGAACGAUGAUGCCCAUGGCGAUGAUAUCUAUGUAAUAUUUAAGAACGGUGACGACUUAAGACAAGACAUGCUUGCUUUACAAAUGAUACGUAUCAUGGACAAAUUGUGGAAAAACGAAGGAUUAGACCUUAGAAUGAAUCCAUACCAGUGUAUUUCCACUGAUAAUCGUGUUGGUAUGAUCGAAGUAGUAUUAAAUGCAGAAACCAUCGCCAACAUUCAAAAAGAAAAAGGAAUGUUUUCUGCUACGUCAGCGUUUAAAAAAGGAUCGCUAUUGGCCUGGUUAAAAGACUAUAAUCAAACCGAACAGUCAUUACAAAAGGCGAUCGAAGAGUUUACAUUUUCGUGUGCUGGUUAUUGUGUAGCAACUUAUGUACUAGGAGUUGCCGAUAGACAUUCCGACAACAUCAUGGUCAAGAGAACCGGACAAUUGUUUCACAUAGACUUUGGCCAUAUACUCGGUCAUUUUAAGGAAAAAUUUGGUUUUCGUCGGGAACGCGUACCGUUUGUGUUAACCCACGAUUUUGUGCACGUCAUCAACAAAGGCCAGACUCGGAAGGAAGCAAACGAGUUCCAGAUGUUUCAAAAUUAUUGCGAAAAAGCAUUUCUGAUAUUACGACGCCAUGGUUCACUUAUUUUAUCUCUCUUUGCUAUGAUGAUAUCGACCGGUCUGCCCGAACUGGGUUCUGAAAAAGACCUCAAUUAUUUGCGUGAAACGCUUGUACUAGAUUUGUCGGAACACGAUGCCAAAUUACAUUUUCGGUCAAAAUUUGAAGAAGCGCUCGGAAAUUCGUGGAAAACUUCACUUAAUUGGGCAUCACACAAUUUAGCUAAAAACAACAAACAAUGACAAAAGUUUUUGAUCGGCUUAGAGCUGGCGAUAUUGCCUUAAUUUUUUUGCUCUAGCUAUUGAUGGUUUCCUAAAUAAUACUAGACAAAUUAUAAAUAUUUAUUUGAAAUAAAAAAAAUAAUAUUACCUAAUAAUAAUAUUGAACAUGUUUAGAAAAAAGCAAAAAAUCAAUAAAAUUAUUGUUUUUUUUUGAAACUUAUGAAAAUUAUUUUAAACAAUACCUUUAUAUAAUG